AUGCCUCCGACCGGCCGCCCCCGAGCGCCGCGCCCCGCCGCGCUGCCCCGCAGCCUGUCCCGCCUGCGGGAGUGCCCGGGCCGCUCCCGCAUCGUGCUGGCGCUCGGGGCCACGCAGAUGGCGCUCGGAUGCCUCAUCGUGGCUGUCAGCUUCGCCGCGCUGGCGCUCACCACCUCGGCCCGCGUCCGCCACUCCUGCCCCUUCUGGGCCGGCUUCUCGGUGCUGCUGUCAGGACUCAUUGGUGUCGUCUCCUGGAAGAGGCCUCUUUCCCUCGUGAUAACCUUUUUUAUGCUGCUUUCUGCAGUGUGUGUGAUGCUGAAUUUGGCUGGUUCAAUCCUCUCCUGUCAGAACGCUCAGCUAGUCAACUCCCUAGAAGGCUGCCAGUUGAUUAAGUUUGACAGUGUGGAGGUGUGUGUCUGCUGUGAGCUGCAGCACCAGUCGUCCGGCUGCAGCAACCUCGGGGAGACGCUGAAACUGAACCCGCUGCAGGAGAACUGCAACGCUGUGAGGCUGACCUUGAAGGAUCUGCUCUUCAGCGUGUGCGCCCUCAACGUCCUGUCCACUAUUGUGUGCGCGUUGGCCACGGCCAUGUGCUGCAUGCAGAUGGUCUCCUCUGACAUCCUGCAGAUGUUCCUUCCUCAAAGGUCGCAUUCUGCCAACCCUGCCUGCAUGACCCCGCACGGCACCGUCCUCCACCAGACCCUGGACUUCGAUGAGUUCAUCCCCCCGCUUCCUCCUCCCCCCUACUACCCCCCGGAGUACACCUGUACGCCCUCAGCCGAGGCCCAGAGGGGCCUGCACCUAGACUUCGCUCCGUCUCCAUUCAGCACUUUGUAUGACGUUGCCAUCAACAGCCCCGGCCUGCCAUACCCCACUGAGCUCCCCCCACCCUAUGAGGCGGUGAUGGGCCAGACCCCUGCCAGCCAGGUGACAAGUCGAGAUCACCAGGUGGCCGAGUCCAGCUCCGAGGACCCAAACGCCGCUGCUGGCUCCAGCACACCAGCGCCGGCCCCCAGUUCCAGCCUUCCAGCAUCUGAGGGCACUGCUGUGCUGGGUCCAAGCCUCCAGUCCCCCGAUGGCCCUGCAGGGGCCCUGCCACCCCAGCCUUCCUCCCUAUGUCCUGGCUGUGCAUCCCCAGAUGCUCCUGGCGUGUGCACGCGAGCACGGCCAGGUCCUGGGCACGUGGCCCGUUCUGCCAGUGACCCCACCUCAUGCGCAUCCUGCAAGGCAGGUGACGCCUCUUCACACAUCCCCUCAGGCAGCCGGGACCUCGAAGCAGGACUGUCUUGGGCUGCUCUGGGUAACAUUUCCAUGUCAUGCUCUGCCAUGGCUGCCCAUCAGCACCAGCUUUCACCCCCCGGGGACCUGGAUACCUGGGAAAUGGACCAACAGCCAAAGCCAGAGGCCUUACAGAUGGUCUCCAAAGAGCUGCCACACUCUUCAGUGGACAGCAAGGCCUGUGCAGACCCCAGGGUUUUGGUGGCUAAGCUUUUGGAACAUUCGCACUGUGCCCUCCCUGCCGAGGUGCGGCACGUGGUGGGCACCGUCCGCUCGGCGGUCACCUCUGAGGAGCGCCCCGUGGAGGAGGCCGUCUUCGGUGCUGGCGUUCUAGACCAGGUGUGAAGGGCCGCAGGUCCCGACGUGGACACCGACAGGCCUGCCAGCACCGGCUGUUCUUCUGUUCUUGCCAGAAGCCACCAUGCUGGGCGGGG